CCGCAGGUGAGUGAAUCCAUCGCCUGGCUCAUCGUCACGCAAGGUGCUUAGGUGAUAUACUGCAUAUGGAGGAUGUUGGACACGCAAGCCGAUUGACGUGUAGUACAACCGUCACAAGGAACAUACGGGACAUACAGCGCCGCCGUCUGAUGUCCGCCCCCGCCAUGCCCACGCAGGUCUCCAGGUUGCCCAAGUUCGCCUCGUGGUCCAAAAGCUCCAGCCCGACCGCCGCCCGCCUCCCCAGUGGCUUCUACCAACCGGGGCCCGCGGGGGGCAUCGGCGCCGCAAACCGACCGGCACCCUCGGCGAGACGGGUCGGAACCGUCUGCCGGCCCGCUGACUAUUCCGCAAAAGGCGAGAAAGAUGGCGGAACGACGGGCGGCGGCGGCGGCGACCGCGUCGAUAGCCACGACGGCGCCCGGCGGAACGCUCGCCCGCACACGGCCGCUGUGGAGCCAAAAACGUCAAACGAGUCGCUUCCUGUUCCUAAAACUGGACUUCCUGUCCCUAAAAACAGACUGCCUGUUUCCAAGUUGAGGCUAACCGGGUCCAAACAGAACCUUAAUGGACUUUCUGGCUCCAAACUGCGACCACCGCAGUGGUCCACUUCCUCGGGUCCCCUUUCCAGUUCCAGUCCCCGGUCCGGAUGUCGUCUUUCACCACCGGCCGCUGGCUCGAGUUCUACCGGCAACCUCGCAACGGCGACGCCCUCCCGGCUUCCCAAAAGCGACGGGUUCCGCCCACGCAGCUUGGCGGUCCAGCGACGGCCGUCCCCCGCCGUCUCCACGUCCUCUCUCGGUGCCGAGCCGGGUCACGAGCGGUCCAGCGCUUCCUGCGUCCCAACCGGUCCGGGAAGGGCGAAGAAGUCCCUCCUGCCGGCCCCCGAGGCUAACGGCGCUAGCUCCGAGCUAGCCCGGCCGUCGCUCGCCGAGCAAACCCGGACCGGCGUGGCGGAGAUGAGCCGAGCGAGACCCGAAACCUCAGCGGGGACGCCGACCUCCACGGGAAGCAGCCCAGAGCGCUCCCUUGAGGCGCCGGAGCCUUCCGUCCCGGGGGAGACGCCCGAGGACAUGUCCCUGUCCUCCGGCUCGUCCGUGGACCGCACCCGCGCCGGUCAGGAGCACUCGGAUGACUUUGACGACCCGGGAAACGGAGGAGCGGGCGAAGACGACUUUGGGGCGGAGAAUGGCGUUACCGCGGCAACGCAACUCCACUUCCUGGACGACACGUUUGAGUGGACCAACGGGACGCUUGCUGGUGACGACCGACAGGACAACCUGAGCCGGUUCUGCCGCCGCGGCGGGUCCACCCCGUCCGACUGUCACGAGCAGGACGGCUCGUCGCUGGACUUGUCCCCGUCGGACAGCUGCGGUUCCGGCGGCAUCUACAUGUGGGACGAGGAGGGUCUGGAGCCGCUGGGGGGCGGGCUCACUCGCCACGCGGCCGGCUUCCAUUCCGACGUCGACAGCGACGCCCUAACCAACGUGGACUCUUGCGAUUUGGACGGCGACGACCUGAUGCUGGACGGCGACUUCCCCGACGACGCUUCAGUGAGCGCCGAUGGCGACGGGACGUCCCACGCGAGCGAGCGGUGGCGGAGGCGGAGGCGGAGGCGACUCUGCUGGGGGACGCGGGACGACCGCAGCGACGAAAGGACCCCCGGCGUGGACGCGGACGACCUGGCCGAAGACCUGGGGGCUCUCCGGUCCCAGCUGGAACUCCUGCGAAGGUUCCUGCUGCAGGACGACGGCGACGACGACGACGACACGCUGACCACAGACACGCUCAGCCCCGAAGACGACCGCCGGUCCCAGGUCGGCUCGCGUUCCGACGCCGGCGAAGCUACUUUGGGAACCUUCGCCCGACGUGUUUCGCGUUCCCAGGUGGAGGCGCUGCUGAGCGAGGUCCGGCAGCUCAGAGCCGAUCUGAGCGCCAAAGAAGGCGUCAUCUCGGAGCUCACCCUCCAGCUGGUGCGGAUUCGUGGAUGGAAAAUGUUUGAGCACCACCAAGUUAAGGAUUUACACAGAUGCAAAAAGGCACAUAUCGACGCUGUUGCCACGGCGACCGGCGGCGGCAAGGAAAAGACGGAGCGGCACACCCAGACCGGCGCGGCGGAGAGUGUGGCCUGGCGGACCGCCUGGAGGGAUCGCACGGCUUUCCCUCCCUCCGCCUUCCUCUCUCCGCCCUGGCAGUACCAACGCUCCAGACCUUACGGGGGGAGGCCCAAACCCGGCAUCCCCUCCCACCUCGCUCGAACAAGAGUGGAAAGACUCGUGGUGUACUUCAGCGACACGUCCUGGUACGGUUCGCAACCGCCGGUCACCGCGUUCGGGACGCAGCAAAUUCACGGAUCAUGAAUCGGGAAGUCCGUUUGGAUGCAAAUCCCGUCAACGUGAUCGAGGAGUCGGGAAGAAGUGAAAUGAGCGCGAUCUCGCGACGUCCACAAAAGUGAUUUGCCCAUUCCAGAAAGUCUGACACAAAUUCCAAAAUCAUGUGUACCGGAAGAAGAAAUGGGAAUACAAUUGAUCCGUUCCAGACAACCAAAAUAACAACAACAACAAAAGAGACUUUCAGUACUUCCCGUCGUAUUCUGUAAAAAGUUCCAAACGGGCGGCAAAGCGUACUUGGCAUGAACAACUGUAGGCGACGACAAGCCUCCCGCUCUGCUCGGCAACAUCGACGUGACACCGUGUCUAAAGUUAGACCUUCAAAACAAAAGCCCGCCAGUAUAAUAACAGCCGCUUUCGUUUUGAAAGUCUGGCUCGAGACAGGACGUGUUCCGCAGAUGCGUUGCCGAGCAGACCAGGAGGCUUGUUGUUUUCUUCCGUUGGUGAUAAAAGGUCCCAUGACGGGACCGAAGCUUCUUACAAAAUGCUUCAGAUCAACGCGCAUCCAUCGUGGGAAACAAAUGCCCGGGUCACGCUUCCCUUCCCUUUUUUUUUUUUUCCAAACCAGCCAAUGAAAAACAGGGACACUCGUUAGGACCGCAGAAAAAAAUAUUCAAACCCCGGACCCCGCCAAAACUAGGCCCGAGGAUCUACCGUAUCCUGAUUCGGGAGUAGAAAUCGAGCGAAUUUGACGUACAUUUUGUCCGGUGCACAAAAGACAAGUUCAAGCCUCCGCUAGUGAGGACACCUUUUGUCCGUCCGGAUGCAGUACUCAAGGCGGCCGCCAGGUGUCGGCGUGGGCCAGAGGAAGCUUCACUGGGCCCAAAUGGUUUUAGUUGGCUUUUGACGCACUUCGAUGGUGCGUUCUUAUAGAUUUUUGAAUAUACGGCGUGCGUGGCGUACACAACGACGGCAACCGCUGAUCAAAUACCCGACAGUGACAUCACAGAAGUAGUUUUUGAUUUUGAAAGUUGUCCUUCCGU